UUAUAAAUUGCGACUGCAGCCACCCCCCUGCGCUCUCUGCUCCUCCCGUUCGACAGACAGCCGCGUCUUCCUGCGCAGUACCAGCACGACCCUGAGACACGAUGGUGAAGGUCGGAGUGAACGGAUUUGGCCGUAUUGGACGCCUGGUCACCAGGGCUGCUUUUAACUCUGGCAAAGUAGAUAUUGUCGCCAUCAAUGACCCCUUCAUUGACCUCAACUACAUGGUCUACAUGUUCCAGUAUGAUUCCACCCAUGGCAAGUUCAAAGGCACAGUCAAGGCUGAGAAUGGGAAGCUUGUCAUCAAUGGAAAGUCCAUUACCAUCUUCCAGGAGCGAGAUCCCGCCAACAUCAAAUGGGGUGAUGCUGGUGCUGAGUAUGUUGUGGAGUCCACUGGGGUCUUCACUACCUUGGAGAAGGCAGGGGCCCACUUGAAGGGUGGAGCCAAGAGGGUCAUCAUCUCUGCCCCUUCUGCGGAUGCCCCCAUGUUUGUGAUGGGUGUGAACCAUGAGAAGUAUGACAAGUCCCUCAAGAUUGUCAGCAACGCGUCCUGUACCACCAACUGCUUGGCCCCCCUGGCCAAGGUCAUCCAUGACAACUUCGGCAUCGUGGAGGGACUCAUGACCACAGUCCAUGCCAUCACUGCCACCCAGAAGACCGUGGAUGGUCCCUCUGGGAAGCUGUGGCGUGAUGGCCGAGGGGCUGCUCAGAACAUCAUCCCUGCUUCUACUGGCGCUGCUAAGGCUGUGGGCAAGGUCAUUCCUGAGCUCAAUGGAAAGCUCACUGGCAUGGCCUUCCGCGUCCCUACCCCCAAUGUGUCGGUUGUGGAUCUGACCUGCCGCCUGGAGAAAGCUGCCAAAUACGAUGACAUCAAGAAAGUGGUGAAGCAGGCAUCGGACGGUCCCCUCAAGGGCAUCCUGGGCUACACUGAGGACCAGGUUGUUUCCUGCGACUUUAACAGUGAUACCCACUCUUCCACCUUUGAUGCUGGGGCUGGCAUUGCCCUCAACGACCACUUUGUCAAGCUCAUUUCCUGGUACGACAAUGAAUUUGGCUACAGCAACAGGGUGGUGGACCUCAUGGCCUACAUGGCCUCCAAGGAGUAAGAACCCCCUGGACCAUCAGCCCCAGCAAGAGGAAGAGAGGCCCUCGACUACUGGGGAGUCCUUUUCCCAAACUGAUCCCCCAACACACUGAGAAUCUCCUAACCUCGUCUCCCUCCCAAAGCCCCUAAAGGGAAGGGGCUGAGGAAGCCCAGCCUUGUCAUGCACCAUCAAUAAAGUUCACUGUACCCAGCCAA